AUGCCCCUGGGGUUCACCCCCGACACUCGCCAACUGGUCAACCCCCCCCUGCCGCAACACCACCUUGACGACUGCGCCAACACCCGCUUUCUGCCGCCGACUGGUCAACCUCCCCCUUACCGCAUGCAUCACCUCCUCCCGUCGGGCCCCCGCUCGCCGCCGCCGCCGCCCCGCCCACCAAGGCCACCUAGCCAACUGGCCCCCCCUCCCCUCCCCUCUGCCGGCGCUCCCCCGAAGGGGAGCCCCUGUGGCACCACCGUGCAACCCGCGGGCUGCCUGGCGUGGGCUAUCCCCCCGGGACGAGGCCCUCGACCACCCUCGCACAGGCAGGCGUAG